AUGGUCAGAACAAGCUCCAGGACAGCUUCUAUUCAUCCCCACUGCCCCACAUUCUGUCAGACAAGGAGGACGACAGCUAUACUGCCAAUUUUUGGAGAGCAAACUGACUGUUCCCGAGUUUUCCUAGUGAUAAUCCCCAAUUGUCUCAACCCUAAGAAGACUGUAAAGGUACUGUUACCAUAUUGGGAUUUCAGAAUAGAUCUUACCACCCAUGAGCUCAUCCUCAUCAAUGUCAUCAGGACAAAUAAUUCACAAGUGGAACAUUUUCACCUUAUCAACAGUUUUGGGACAUCCAUGGCAAGUACGAGGCAACGAAGACGCCACCACAAUAGGUGGGGGAGAAUAGAGCAAGAUCUUGUUGGAGGCCUUAAAACAUUUAUAGAUUGGGGAAUAUUUGUGUGGAAGGAUUUAGACUAUGCAUAA